UGACUGACAACUGUCAAUAUUGUUCCCUCCGGUCCUCAACAAAUUUUUGCUAAAAUUAAUAAUUACAUAGCAAAAGGUGUUUGAUAGUGUUUAUAACGUAGAAUUCCUAGAUAUAGGAUCGAUUUAUUCUUAAGUUUUAUAAUUCAUACUAAGAAACCUAUAUCACAAUGCUGAUUAAAGUGAAGACUCUCACUGGCAAGGAGAUCGAGAUUGACAUCGAGCCCACCGAUAAAGUCGAGAGAAUCAAAGAAAGAGUGGAAGAAAAAGAAGGCAUUCCACCUCAACAGCAGCGUUUGAUUUUUUCAGGAAAACAGAUGAAUGAUGAAAAGACAGCUCAGGACUACAAAGUGCAAGGUGGGUCUGUUCUGCAUUUGGUGUUAGCUCUUCGGGGUGGAGAAUGAUCCUCAGAAAUGUGAUAAAAUGCAUCUCGGUAUUUAUUAAUUGUAAUUCUAAUUUUUUUUCAUCUUGUGUAUAAAGCCAGUAAGCCUUUAUUAUAAAAGAUUGUUUCAUUUGAA